UAGCGCUGCGCCGCCGGCAUGCUGCGCCCGCUGCUGUUCACUGCGCUCUGCCUGGCCGGCUGCCCCGCGCCCGCGCGCGCCUGCCAGCUGCCCUCCGAGUGGAGACCCCUGAGCGAGGGCUGCCGCGCGGAGCUAGCCGAGAUCAUCGUGUACGCCAAGGUGCUGGCGCUGCACCCGGAGGUGCCCGGCCUCUACAACUACCUGCCCUGGCAGUACCAUGCCAGCCAGGAGGGGCUCUUCUACUCGGCGGAGGUGGAGAUGCUGUGCGACCAGGCGUGGGGCAGCAUGUUGGAGGUGCCCGCCGGCUCUAGGCUCAACCUCACCGGCCUGGGCUACUUCUCCUGCCACUCCCACACCGUGGUCCAGGACUACUCCUAUUUCUUCUUCCUCAGGAUGGAUGAAAAUUAUAACCUCUUGCCUCAUGGAGUCAAUUUCCAAGAUGCCAUCUUUCCAGACACUCAAGAAAACAGAAGAAUGUUUUCCAGCCUUUUCCAGUUUGCAAACUGUUCCCAUGGGCAGCAGCUAUUGGCUUUCUCCAGUGACUGGGAGAUCCAGGAAGACAACAGGCUCAUGUGCUCCUCGGUGCAGAAGGCCCUGUUCGAGGAGGAGGACCACGUCAAGAAACUGCAGCAGAAAGUGGCCACCCUGGAGAAGCGGAACAAGCAGCUCCGGGAGCGGGUGAAAAAGGUCAAGAGGUCCUUGCGGCAGGCGCGCAAGAACGGCCGCCACCUGGAGCUGGGUAACCAGAAACUCAGCGGAGGCCACCCCUAUUCAUACCUGUGGACAACCUGCCACCAUAAACAUUGUAUCCCCCACAAAGCUGACCCCAACUGCCAUUUCUUCCCUGUUCAUGUCUCUCUUGAUAGUGAUGAGAUCAAAGUGAAGAGGGUGCAAUGGUACCCAAAUAAUCUCGGAGGAUUCUGGUUUCUGUCUUACGUCCUGCAGUGGUUUUCGAAAAACAGAAGUCAGAAUCCCUACCUUCAAGAACUUUGUGCUCUAGUGGAACAAUAUAGACUCAAACAUGAGACACAUGAACAGGAAGUUCACAACACAAAGCAGGAUGGAGCAAUUCCUAUAGAUCUCCUACUCUUUGACCCUUAG